AUGAGACCGGCGACGACUGACCCGGCGUUGGCCGAAAUCGGCAAGAAGAACGGACUGUUGGUGUGGAGAAUCAAUGUAAGUGAGGGGCGUUUGUGGUCUAGUAGUACAUACAGUCUUGCAACACAUUAUCUCUAUUCCAGAAGUUCGAGUUGGAGCCAGUUCCAGAGAGAGAGCACGGCAUCUUCUACGUUGGCGACGCCUACAUCGCGCUUUAUGUAAGUCGCAGAAACUUUUAGCCAAACAUGAGCACUUCUUUCUGAAGCAAAAGUACGAAGGCUGCUGGGACGUGCACUUUUGGCUCGGAACAAAGGCCUCAACUGAUGAGAUCGGAGUGGCCGCCAUCAAAACCGUCGAGAUUGAUGACGUAGGAAGGCGGUAAACUCGAAACGGCACCUAAAUUGUCCUUCCGUUUCCAGUCUCUCGGAGGCCUUCCAACGCAACACCGCGAGAUUCAAUUCCACGAAUCGCCGCUCUUCCUCUCCUACUUCACCGACGGCAUCCGCUACGUUUCCGGCGGCUACGAAUCCGGAUACACGCACGUCGAGGACCAGUUCCAGAACUGGAAACCGCAUUUGUUCCACUGCAAGGGAAAGCGUAAUGUGAGAUGUACGGAGGUGAGGGAGAACUGAGGCCGAUCGGUUGAAAGCACAAAGAUUGAGUUGAGGUGGAGUGCGAGGUUAGCUCUUUGAAUCUCGGCGACGUUUUCCUCUUGGAUCUGGGCAAAGACAUCUACGUCUGGAUGCCGCCGGACAGCGGAAGAUUGGAGCGCAUCAAGGGAAUGGCGAGAGCCAAAAACAUUGCGGACGUCGAGAGAAUGGGCGCGUCGACUGUCCAUAUUCUCGACGACGUCGAGUGGGACAACGAUCCGAUCUUCUGGCGCUACUUUGGCGGCGUCGCGGCUGUGAAGCAAGUGAGGAAGGCGGCCGACGACGAUGACAACUAUUGGAAGCGGCUCACCGAGCAGAUCACUCUGUGGAAGUGAGUGGGAGGAGAGAGAGAGAGGGAGAGAGUAAACAUUUGUAGGGUGUCCGAUGCGACUGGAGCCACGAAAGUGACCAUGGUGGCGCAGGGAGAAGAUCUGAGAAAGGAGCAACUCGACUCCAGUGUAAGUGAUGCGAUUCUCAACAGAGCGCGUUCACAUUGACACGGUUUGUUUAGGACGCCUUUAUUCUCGACGCGAUCAACGGAGGAAUCUUCGUGUGGAUCGGACAUGGAUGUACUCUCGAUGAGCGUUCGAAGGCUCUGAUUUGGGGAGAAAACUACCUGAAACAACACGUACGCGCCCCCUACUUUACCCUAUGAGACCGUACUCUUUUGCAGCAUCUCCCCCGCUGGACCCAGGUGACUCGUGUGCUCGAAUCGACCGAAUCGACGCAGUUCACGCAGUGGUUCCGCGAUUGGGUCGACGAGAAGAAGCGGAACACGUUCGAUCCGCAGCUCUUCCAGGUUUCCGACGAGAGCGGCCUGCUGCGCGUCGAGCAAAUCGCCAACUUCACGCAGGAGGACCUCGACGGCGACGACGUCAUGAUCCUUGACGCGUUGAACUUGAUCUACGUGUGGGUCGGCUCGAACGCCAAUCCGAACGAGAAGAAGGAGGCGUUGAAUACGGCGAAGAAGUAUCUGGAGAAGGACAAACUGCCACGUCACAAAAAGACGACCAUCGACACGAUCUAUCAGGGACAAGAGCCGCCCACGUUCAAGAAAUUCUUCCCGUCCUGGGAUGAGAAUUUGUUCAAGAAUGUGAGUCGGAUUUCGACGUCUUUUUUUCAUAAUUCGUUUUCAGCAAGUGCGCUCCGUCGAGAACAUGCGUCGCCUUCUCUUCAACUGA